CGAGCGAAACGCGGCGCGGUGCGGGCCGCCCGAGGCCCAGAGGCUGGCUGUGCCUGGGACUGCGCCGUGCCCAGCCUCGGUCCCCUCUCUGUGGGUAGGGAUGGUUGAGUCCAGCCGCCACGGCAGCGGCUCCUUGUGCCACUAGCAGCCCGUCUUCCGCGCUCUCCGCCUUUUCUCUCUCUACUGGCUCUCUCCUCCCCCCGCGCCCCCCUCCCCGCAGCUCCCACUCGCCGGCUCUCUCUCCAGCUGCCUCCUCUCCAGGUCUCUCCCGGCUGCGUGCGCUCCUCUCCCCGCCUCGCCCCUCCCGCAGCCUCGCCGCCUUGGUGCCUUCCUGCCCGGCUCGUCCCCGGCCCUGGCCCCGGCCCGGGCGCCGCCAGCCAGCCCGCCCGGGUCUCGGAGCUCGGAGCCGCUCAGCCCUGCAGAGGCUCGGGACCCGAUGCUAUGAGAGGGAGGCGAGCCGGGCGCCCAGACCUGCGGGAGGCGUCGGAUGCGCGGCGGGUUUCGGGACCGGGCUCCGUCUCCGGCUCGCCCUGCCCUCGGGUGAUCAUCCGGCUGCGCUCGUAGCCCUGCCUUCCUCGGAGGAGCCACCCGUGCCGCGUGCGCGUGGAGUAUCUGCAGACAUGACUGCGCGGAGGAGAUUCCAGCCGCCGCUCCUGCUCCUCGGGCUGCUGGUGCUGUGCGCGAGGCUCCUCACUGCAGCCAAGGGUCAGAACUGUGGAGGCUUAGUCCAGGGUCCCAACGGCACGAUUGAGAGCCCCGGGUUCCCUCAUGGGUACCCGAACUACGCCAACUGCACCUGGAUCAUCAUCACGGGAGAGCGUAAUAGGAUACAGCUGUCCUUCCAUACCUUUGCUCUUGAAGAAGAUUUUGAUAUUUUAUCCGUUUACGACGGGCAGCCACAACAAGGGAAUUUAAAAGUGAGAUUAUCGGGGUUUGAGCUGCCCUCCUCUAUAGUGAGCACUGGAUCUAUCCUCACUCUGUGGUUCACGACAGACUUCGCCGUGAGUGCCCAAGGCUUCAAAGCGUUAUAUGAAGUUUUACCUAGUCACACUUGUGGAAAUCCUGGAGAAAUUCUGAAAGGAGUUCUCCAUGGAACAAGAUUCAACAUAGGAGACAAAAUCCGGUACAGCUGCCUCUCUGGCUACAUCUUGGAAGGUCAUGCUAUCCUGACCUGCAUCGUUAGCCCAGGAAACGGUGCAUCGUGGGACUUCCCAGCUCCCUUUUGCAGAGCUGAGGGAGCCUGCGGAGGAACCUUACGUGGGACCAGCAGCUCCAUCUCCAGCCCGCACUUCCCUUCCGAGUACGAGAACAAUGCUGACUGUAUCUGGACCAUCCUCGCAGAGCCCGGGGACACCAUUGCUCUGGUCUUCACUGACUUUCAGCUGGAAGAAGGAUACGAUUUCUUAGAGAUCAGCGGCACAGAAGCUCCAUCCAUAUGGCUAACCGGCAUGAACCUUCCCUCUCCAGUUAUUAGUAGCAAGAAUUGGCUACGACUCCACUUCACCUCCGACAGCAACCACCGACGCAAAGGGUUCAACGCUCAGUUCCAAGUGAAAAAGGCGAUUGAGUUGAAGUCGAGAGGAGUCAAGAUGCUGCCCGGCAAGGACGGAAGCCACAAAAACUCAGUCUUGAGCCAAGGAGGUGUUGCACUGGUCUCUGACAUGUGUCCAGAUCCUGGGAUUCCAGAAAAUGGUAGAAGAGCAGGUUCUGACUUCAGGGUUGGUGCAAAUGUACAGUUUUCUUGUGAGGACAAUUAUGUGCUUCAGGGAUCAAAAAGCAUCACCUGUCAGAGAGUCACAGAGACACUGGCCGCUUGGAGUGACCACCGACCCAUCUGCCGAGCUAGAACAUGUGGAUCCAAUCUGCGUGGGCCCAGUGGCAUCAUUACUUCCCCUAAUUAUCCAGUUCAGUAUGAAGAUAAUGCACACUGUGUGUGGGUCAUCACCACCACCGACCCAGACAAGGUCAUCAAGCUUGCCUUUGAAGAAUUUGAGCUGGAGAGAGGCUAUGACACCCUGACGGUUGGUGAUGCUGGGAAGGUGGGAGACACCAGAUCGGUCUUGUACGUGCUCACGGGAUCCAGUGUUCCUGACCUCAUCGUGAGCAUGAGCAACCAGAUGUGGCUACAUCUGCAGUCGGACGAUAGCAUUGGCUCUCCUGGGUUUAAAGCUGUUUACCAAGAAAUUGAAAAGGGAGGGUGUGGGGAUCCUGGAAUCCCUGCCUACGGGAAGCGGAUGGGCAGCAGUUUCCUCCAUGGAGAUACACUCACCUUUGAAUGCCCAGCAGCCUUUGAGUUGGUGGGGGAGAGAGUUAUCACCUGUCAGCAGAACAAUCAGUGGUCUGGCAACAAGCCCAGCUGUGUAUUUUCAUGCUUCUUCAACUUCACGGCAUCAUCUGGGAUCAUUCUCUCACCAAAUUACCCAGAGGAAUAUGGAAACAACAUGAACUGUGUCUGGCUGAUUAUCUCGGAGCCAGGAAGUCGAAUUCACCUCAUCUUUAAUGAUUUUGACGUAGAGCCUCAGUUUGACUUCCUUGCGGUCAAGGAUGAUGGCAUUUCUGACAUAACUGUCCUCGGUACCUUUUCUGGCAAUGAAGUGCCUUCCCAACUGGCCAGCAGUGGGCAUAUAGUUCGCUUGGAAUUUCAGUCUGACCAUUCUACUACUGGCAGAGGGUUCAACAUCACUUACACCACAUUUGGUCAGAAUGAGUGCCAUGAUCCUGGCAUUCCUAUAAAUGGACGGCGUUUUGGUGACAGGUUUCUACUUGGGAGCUCGGUUUCUUUCCACUGUGAUGAUGGCUUUGUCAAGACCCAGGGAUCCGAGUCCAUCACCUGCAUCCUGCAAGAUGGGAACGUGGUCUGGAGCUCUACCGUGCCCCGCUGUGAAGCUCCAUGUGGUGGACAUCUGACAGCAUCCAGUGGAGUCAUUUUGCCUCCUGGAUGGCCAGGAUAUUAUAAAGAUUCUUUAAAUUGUGAAUGGAUAAUUGAAGCAAAACCAGGGCAUUCUAUCAAGAUAACUUUUGAUAGAUUUCAGACAGAAGUCAAUUAUGACACUCUGGAGGUCAGAGAUGGGCCAGCCAGUUCGUCCCCGCUGAUCGGCGAAUACCACGGCACCCAGGCUCCCCAGUUCCUCAUCAGCACUGGGAACUUCAUGUACCUGCUCUUCACCACGGACAACAGUCGCUCCAGCAUUGGUUUUCUCAUCCACUACGAGAGUGUGACGCUAGAGUCAGACUCCUGCCUGGACCCGGGCAUCCCUGUGAACGGCCAUCGCCAUGGCAGUGACUUUGGCAUCAGGUCCACGGUGACGUUCAGCUGCGACCCCGGGUACACACUAAGUGAUGACGAGCCCCUUGUCUGUGAGAGGAACCACCAGUGGAACCACGCCUUGCCCAGCUGCGAUGCCCUGUGUGGAGGCUACAUCCAUGGGAAGAGCGGAACAGUCCUUUCUCCUGGAUUUCCAGAUUUUUAUCCAAACUCUCUCAACUGCACGUGGACCAUUGAAGUAUCUCAUGGAAAAGGAGUUCAGAUGAUCUUUCACACUUUUCACCUUGAGAGUUCCCAUGACUAUUUACUGAUCACAGAAGAUGGGAGUUUUUUGGAGCCAGUCGCCAGGCUCACCGGGUCGGUGUUGCCUCAUACGAUCAAGGCAGGCUUGUUUGGCAACUUCACCGCCCAGCUUCGGUUUAUAUCAGACUUCUCCAUUUCCUAUGAGGGCUUCAAUAUCACAUUUUCAGAAUAUGACCUGGAACCGUGUGAUGAUCCUGGAGUCCCUGCCUUCAGCCGAAGAAUUGGUUUUCACUUUGGUGUGGGAGACUCUCUGACAUUUUCGUGCUUCCCAGGAUAUCGCUUAGAAGGUGCAACCAAGCUUACCUGCCUGGGUGGGGGCCGCCGUGUGUGGAGUGCACCUCUGCCAAGGUGUGUGGCUGAAUGUGGAGCAAGUGUCAAAGGAAAUGAAGGAACAUUACUGUCUCCAAAUUUUCCAUCCAAUUACGAUAAUAACCAUGAGUGUAUCUAUGAAAUAGAAACCGAAGCCGGCAAGGGCAUCCACCUCAGAGCACGAAGCUUCCAGCUGUUUGAAGGAGAUACACUAAAGGUAUAUGAUGGAAAAGACAGUUCCUCACGUCCACUGGGCACCUUCACUAAAAAUGAACUUCUGGGGCUGAUCCUAAACAGCACAUCCAAUCACCUGUGGCUAGAGUUUAACACCAACGGAUCUGACACCGACCAAGGUUUCCAGCUCACCUAUACCAGUUUUGAUCUGGUGAAAUGUGAGGAUCCAGGUAUCCCUAACUAUGGCUAUAGGAUCCGUGAUGAAGGCCACUUCACCGACACUGUAGUUCUGUACAGUUGCAACCCAGGGUAUGCCAUGCAUGGCAGCAACACGCUGACCUGUUUGAGUGGAGACAGGAGAGUGUGGGACAAACCGCUGCCUUCGUGCGUAGCCGAAUGUGGUGGUCAAAUCCACGCAGCCACAUCAGGACGAAUAUUGUCCCCCGGCUAUCCAGCUCCUUAUGACAACAACCUCCACUGCACCUGGAUCAUAGAGGCAGACCCGGGAAAGACCAUUAGCCUCCAUUUCAUUGUUUUUGACACGGAGAUGGCUCACGACAUCCUCAAGGUCUGGGAUGGGCCGGUGGACAGCGACAUCCUGCUGAAGGAGUGGAGUGGCUCUGCCCUUCCGGAGGACAUCCACAGCACCUUCAACUCACUCACCCUGCAGUUCGACAGCGACUUCUUCAUCAGCAAGUCUGGCUUCUCCAUCCAGUUCUCAACGUCAAUUGCAGCCACCUGCAAUGAUCCAGGUAUGCCUCAGAAUGGCACCCGCUAUGGAGACAGCAGAGAGGCGGGAGACACCGUCACGUUCCAGUGUGACCCCGGAUAUCAACUCCAAGGACAAGCCAAAAUCACCUGUGUGCAGCUGAACAACCGGUUCUUUUGGCAACCAGAUCCUCCUACUUGCAUAGCUGCUUGUGGAGGGAAUCUGACCGGCCCAGCAGGUGUUAUUUUAUCACCCAACUACCCACAGCCGUACCCUCCCGGGAAAGAAUGCGACUGGAGAGUAAAAGUGAACCCCGACUUUGUCAUUGCCUUGAUAUUCAAAAGUUUCAACAUGGAGCCCAGCUACGACUUCCUCCACAUCUAUGAAGGGGAAGACUCCAACAGCCCCCUCAUCGGGAGCUACCAGGGUUCUCAAGCCCCAGAACGAAUAGAGAGCAGUGGGAACAGCCUCUUUCUGGCUUUUCGGAGUGAUGCCUCCGUGGGCUUGUCGGGGUUCGCCAUUGAAUUUAAAGAGAAGCCGCGGGAAGCUUGUUUUGACCCUGGAAAUAUAAUGAAUGGGACAAGAAUUGGAACAGACUUCAAGCUCGGCUCAACCAUCACCUACCAGUGUGACUCUGGCUACAAGAUUGUUGACCCCUCAUCCAUCACCUGUGUGAUUGGCACCGAUGGAAAACCCUCCUGGGACCAAGUGCUGCCCUCCUGCAAUGCUCCCUGUGGAGGGCAGUACACGGGAUCAGAAGGGGUGGUUUUGUCCCCGAACUACCCUCAUAACUACACAGCUGGUCAAACAUGCCUCUAUUCCAUAACAGUGCCAAAGGAAUUCGUGGUUUUUGGACAGUUCGCCUAUUUCCAGACAGCCCUGAAUGAUUUGGCAGAAUUAUUUGAUGGAACCCAUGCACAGGCCAGACUUCUCAGCUCCCUCUCUGGGUCUCAUUCAGGUGAAACGUUGCCCUUGGCUACUUCAAAUCAAAUUCUGCUCCGAUUCAGUGCAAAGAGCGGUGCCUCUGCCAGGGGCUUCCACUUCGUUUACCAAGCCGUUCCUCGUACCAGCGACACCCAGUGCAGCUCUGUUCCCGAGCCCAGAUACGGAAGGAGAAUUGGUUCUGAGUUUUCAGCAGGCUCCAUCGUCCGAUUCGAGUGCAACCCGGGAUACCUGCUUCAGGGUUCCACGGCGCUCCACUGCCAGUCUGUGCCCAAUGCCUUGGCGCAGUGGAACGACACGAUCCCCAGCUGUGUGGUACCAUGCAGUGGCAAUUUCACUCAACGACGAGGUACAAUCCUGUCCCCUGGCUACCCUGAGCCAUAUGGCAACAACCUGAACUGUGUAUGGAAGAUCAUCGUUACGGAGGGCUCAGGAAUACAGAUUCAAGUGAUCAGUUUUGCCACGGAGCAGAACUGGGACUCCCUUGAGAUCCAUGAUGGUGGGGAUGUGACCGCACCCAGACUGGGAAGCUUCUCAGGCACCACAGUGCCAGCACUGCUGAACAGCACUUCCAACCAACUCUACCUGCAUUUCCAGUCUGACAUUAGCGUGGCGGCUGCCGGUUUCCACCUGGAAUACAAAACUGUAGGUCUUGCCGCAUGCCAGGAGCCAGCCGUCCCCAGCAACAGCAUCAAAAUCGGAGACCGUUACACGGUGAACGACGUGCUCUCCUUCCAGUGCGAGCCUGGGUACACCUUGCAGGGCCGUUCCCACAUCUCUUGUAUGCCAGGGACCGUUCGCCGCUGGAACUAUCCGUCUCCUCUCUGCAUUGCCACCUGUGGAGGGACGCUGAGCACCAUGGGAGGUGUGAUCCUGAGCCCCGGCUUCCCAGGCUCUUACCCCAACAACUUAGACUGCACCUGGAAGAUCUCAUUACCCAUCGGCUACGGUGCACAUAUUCAGUUUCUGAACUUUUCUACCGAAGCCAAUCAUGACUUCCUCGAGAUUCAAAAUGGACCUUACCACACCAGUCCCAUGAUCGGACAGUUUAGCGGCACGGACCUCCCCAUGGCCCUGCUGAGUACAACGCAUGAGACCCUCAUCCACUUUUACAGUGACCAUUCGCAGAACCGGCAAGGAUUUAAACUUGCCUACCAAGCCUAUGAAUUACAGAACUGUCCAGAUCCACCCCCAUUUCAGAACGGGUACAUGAUCAACUCGGAUUACAGUGUGGGGCAAUCGAUAUCAUUCGAGUGUUAUCCUGGGUACAUUCUAAUAGGCUAUCCUGUCCUCACUUGUCAGCACGGGAUCAACAGAAACUGGAACUACCCUUUUCCAAGAUGUGAUGCUCCUUGUGGGUACAAUGUAACAUCUCAGAACGGCACCAUCUACUCCCCCGGCUUUCCUGAUGAGUAUCCAAUCCUGAAGGACUGUAUUUGGCUCAUCACGGUGCCUCCCGGGCACGGAGUUUACAUCAACUUCACGCUCUUGCAGACAGAAGCUGUGAAUGAUUACAUUGCUGUUUGGGACGGUCCCGAUCAGAACUCACCCCAGCUGGGAGUUUUCAGUGGCAACACAGCCCUGGAAACGGCGUACAGCUCCACCAACCAAGUCCUGCUCAAGUUCCACAGUGACUUUUCCAAUGGAGGCUUCUUCGUCCUCAAUUUCCACGCAUUUCAGCUCAAGAAGUGUCAACCUCCGCCAGCGGUUCCACAGGCAGAAAUGCUUACUGAGGAUGAUGAUUUUGAAAUAGGAGACUUUGUGAAGUACCAGUGCCACCCCGGGUACACCUUGGUGGGGACCGACACUCUGACCUGCAAGCUCAGCUCCCAGUUGCAGUUUGAGGGCUCUCCCCCAACAUGUGAAGCACAAUGCCCAGCAAAUGAGGUCCGGACAGGAUCAUCUGGAGUAAUUCUCAGUCCCGGGUACCCGGGUAAUUAUUUUAACUCCCAGACGUGCUCUUGGAGUAUUAAAGUGGAACCAAACUAUAACAUCACCAUCUUCGUGGACACGUUUCAAAGUGAAAAGCAAUUUGAUGCACUGGAAGUGUUUGAUGGUUCUUCUGGGCAAAGUCCUCUGCUAGUAGUUUUAAGUGGGAAUCAUACUGAACAAUCAAAUUUCACGAGCAGGAGUAAUCAGUUAUAUCUCCGCUGGUCCACUGACCACGCCACCAGUAAGAAAGGAUUCAAGAUUCGCUAUGCAGCACCUUACUGUAGUUUGACCCACCCACUGAAGAAUGGGGGAAUUCUAAACAGGACUGCGGGAGCAGUUGGAAGUCAAGUGCAUUAUUUUUGCAAGCCUGGAUACAGAAUGAUCGGCCACAGCAAUGCAACCUGUAGACGGAACCCACUCGGCAUGUACCAGUGGGACUCCCUCACACCCCUCUGCCAGGCGGUGUCCUGUGGAAUUCCAGAAUCCCCUGGAAAUGGUUCAUUUACCGGUAACGAGUUCACUUUGGACAGUAAAGUGGUGUAUGAGUGUCACGAGGGCUUCGAGCUUGAAUCCAGCCAGCAAGCGACAGCCGUGUGUCAAGACGAUGGGCUGUGGAGUAACAAGGGGAAGCCGCCCACUUGUAAGCCGGUCCCUUGCCCCAGUAUUGAAGCUCAGCUCUCAGAACAUGUCAUCUGGAGGCUGGUUUCAGGAUCCUUGAAUGAGUUCGGUGCUCAAGUACUGCUGAGCUGCAGUCCCGGUUACUACUUAGAGGGCCGGAGGCUCGUGCAGUGCCAGGCCAAUGGGACGUGGAACAUAGGAGAAGAGAAGCCAAGCUGUCGAGUUAUCUCAUGUGGGAGCCUUUCCUUUCCCCCAAAUGGCAACAAGAUUGGAACAUUGACGGUUUACGGGGCUACAGCUAUAUUUACGUGUAACACCGGCUACACCCUCGUGGGAUCUCAUGUCAGAGAGUGCUUGGCAAAUGGGCUCUGGAGUGGCAGUGAAACUCGAUGUCUGGCUGGCCACUGCGGUUCCCCAGACCCAAUUGUGAACGGUCAUAUUAGUGGAGAUGGCUUCAGUUACAGGGACACGGUGGUUUACCAGUGUAAUCCCGGUUUCCGGCUCGUUGGAACUUCCGUGAGGAUAUGCCUGCAGGACCACAGGUGGUCUGGACAAACGCCCGUCUGUGUCCCCAUCACCUGUGGUCACCCUGGAAACCCCGCCCACGGGUUCACCAAUGGCAGUGAGUUCAACCUGAACGAUGUGGUAAAUUUCACCUGCAACACAGGCUUUUUGCUGCAAGGUGCGUCCAGAGCCCAGUGUCGGAGCAAUGGCCAGUGGAGUAGCCCUCUGCCCACGUGUCGAGUGGUGAACUGUUCCGAUCCAGGCUUUGUGGAAAACGCCAUUCGUCACGGGCAGCAGAACUUCCCUGAGAAUUUUGAGUACGGAAUGAGUGUCCUCUACCAUUGCAAGAAGGGAUUUUACUUGCUGGGAUCUUCAGCCUUGACCUGUAUGGCAAAUGGCUUAUGGGACCGAUCUCUGCCCAAGUGUUUGGCUAUAUCAUGUGGACACCCAGGGGUGCCUGCCAAUGCUGUCGUUGCUGGGGAGUCGUUCACAUACGGCGCCGUGGUGCACUACUCAUGCCGAGGGAGCCAGAGUCUUAUAGGCAACAGCACUAGGGUGUGCCAGGAAGACAGUCGCUGGAGCGGAUCGCUGCCCCACUGCACAGGAAAUAAUCCUGGAUUCUGUGGUGAUCCAGGGACCCCAGCACAUGGGUCUCGACUUGGGGAUGAAUUUAAGACAAAGAGUCUUCUCCGCUUCUCCUGUGAAAUGGGGCACCAGCUGAGGGGCUCCCCUGAGCGCACGUGCUUGCUCAACGGGUCAUGGUCAGGGCUGCAGCCGGUGUGUGAGGCUGUGUCCUGUGGCAACCCUGGCACUCCCACCAACGGAAUGAUUGUCAGCAGCGAUGGCAUUCUGUUCUCCAGCUCGGUCAUCUAUGCCUGCUGGGAAGGCUACAGGACCUCAGGACUAAUGACGCGGCAUUGCACAGCCAAUGGGACCUGGACAGGCACUGCUCCCGACUGCACAAUUAUAAGUUGUGGGGAUCCAGGCACACUGGCAAACGGCAUCCAGUUUGGGACCGACUUCACCUUCAACAGGACUGUGAGCUACCAGUGCAGCCCUGGCUACCUCAUGGAACCGGUCACAUCAGCCACUAUUCGCUGUACCAAAGACGGCACGUGGAAUCAGAGCAAACCCGUCUGCAAAGCCGUGUUGUGUCCUCAGCCGCCGCCCGUGCAGAAUGGAACAGUGGAGGGAACGGAUUUCCACUGGGGCUCCAGCAUAAGUUACAGCUGCGUGAGCGGCUACCAGCUCUCUCACUCUGCCAUCCUCUCCUGCGAAGGUCGCGGGGUGUGGAAGGGAGAGGUCCCCCAGUGCCUGCCUGUGUUCUGCGGAGACCCUGGCACCCCCGCAGAAGGACGACUUAGUGGGAAAAGUUUCACCUUUAAGUCUGAAGUCUUCUUCCAGUGCAAAUCUCCAUUUAUACUGGUGGGAUCUUCAAGAAGAAUCUGCCAAGCUGACGGCACGUGGAGCGGCAUACAACCCACCUGCAUUGGGCCUGCCCAUAACACCUGCCCAGACCCUGGCACACCACACUUCGGAAUACAGAACAGCUCCAGAGGCUAUGAGGUUGGAAGCACAGUUUUUUUCAGGUGCAGAAAAGGCUACCAUAUUCAAGGUUCCACAACUCGCACCUGCCUUGCAAAUUUAACAUGGAGUGGGAUACAGACUGAAUGUAUACCUCAUGCCUGCAGACAGCCCGAAACCCCAGCACACGCGGACGUGAGAGCCAUCGAUCUUCCUGCUUUUGGCUAUACCUUAGUGUACACCUGCCACCCAGGGUUUUUCCUCGCAGGUGGAUCUGAGCACAGAACAUGUAAAGCAGAUAUGAAAUGGACAGGAAAGUCACCUGUGUGUAAAAGUAAAGGAGUGAGAGAAGUUAAUGAAACAGUUACUAAAACUCCAGUUCCUUCAGAUGUCUUUUUCGUCAAUUCCGUGUGGAAGGGAUAUUAUGAAUAUUUGGGGAAAAGACAACCCGCCACGCUAACUGUUGACUGGCUCAAUGCAACAAGCAGUAAGGUGAAUGCCACCUUCAGCGAAGCCUCCCAAGUGGAGCUGAAGUUGACAGGUGUUUACAAGAAGGAGGAGGCCCACUUACUUCUGAAGGCUUUCCAAAUUAAAGGUCCGGCAGAUAUUUUUGUAAGCAAGUUUGAAAAUGACAACUGGGGACUGGAUGGUUAUGUAUCAUCCGGACUUGAAAGAGGAGGAUUUACAUUUCAAGGUGACAUUCACGGAAAAGACUUUGGAAAAUUUAAGCUAGAAAGACAAGAUCCCUUAAACCCAGAUCAAGACUCUUCAAAUCAUUACCACGGCACCAGCAGCGGCUCUGUGGCGGCUGCCAUUCUGGUUCCUUUCUUUGCGCUAAUUUUAUCAGGGUUUGCAUUUUACCUCUACAAACACAGAACGAGACCAAAAGUUCAAUACAAUGGCUAUGCUGGACAUGAAAACAGCAAUGGACAAGCAUCGUUUGAAAAUCCCAUGUAUGACACAAACUUAAAACCCACAGAAGCCAAGGCUGUGAGGUUUGACACAACUCUAAACACAGUCUGUACAGUGGUAUAGCCCUCAGUGCCCCAACAGGACUGAUCCAUAGCCAUACCUCUGACGGACUAGCAGUGAUUCCUUUGGUGCCAUAGACCACUCUCCCUUCCACCCUGGCUUUACUGCAGCGACCUUCAACGUUGUCUGCUGGCAUCGUGCAGCGGGGAUCUCCACUCCCAUGCGCCGGAGUCUUCUGCAGAUCUAACAACAUGUGCAUUUUCAUUCUGCAAGUGGGUUCCGAAUGCCUGGCUGCAUCUGUCUGAAAUCAAGGCACACCCCAGGAAGACCGCCACGUCACGCCGACACGUCAUACUCGAUGCCUCAGACUUUCCUGUUUCUGUGUUGCUGGGAUGUCUUUCAAUGCAAUCUUCUGGGCUCGUGGAUACACCCUUUAGGUGCAGUGACAAAAUGGUAGUAGCACCACAAUAAGUGUUCUCUUGUGUGUGUGUGUGGUUUUUUUUUUUUUUUAGCCCCCAUGAACACAAAUUCUCUGAAAAAAUUAAAUAAAAUAAAAAGCGUUCUGGAAGAAGACACCUUUCUGAUAGAGGCAGACACCUCCAAAUGCUCCACUGUGUCCUUCUGAGACCUGACGCGCUUCAAGGACCUCACAGCUCCCCUGUGUGCUCAUGUCUAGGGAUGUCUGCAAACUUCCCAGUCAGCUGUUCUAUCGCAGAGUUUUUGAUGCACAAUUUUUUGCACUAGUGUGUUAUGAAUGACUAAGAUUCUGAUAGAAAAUAAAUUAUGUACACAGGGUUUAUACACACUGUCCAUUGUAUAUAAGCAUUCUUUCAUGUUGUCAAGCUAAACAUUCCACCAUCAGCUUAGUUGAAGUGUUAGAGAAAACCAUUCCCAGAUAUGGCACAGAUUUUAAAAGGAAAUACACUAUUGAAGAGAUUUAUUUUGUUAUUGCUUCAAUUAGCUCCCUUCAGGUGUUGAAUUCAUUGAAGAGGGCCAGUGAGAAAGAAAUGGAAGCCUCCUUGUUUCUCAUGUUCUUCUCCUUUACUGCCAUCCUCCUCCAAUUCCUGCCUCUACUCAAUAGCAGGGUGUCUGCAGAAAUCUCUAUUUGCCAGGUAAAACUGUGAAUAGUAAUUUAUUUUAGAUAGCUGAUGAACUUGUUGGUGUUAGCUCACAAUGCAGUCUUCACUCUCGCAGUGUUUUCGGUGUUUUUUUCCCUUACGUUGCCAUCAGUCUUUGGUAUUGCAUUGAAAGACAAUAUACCGCAGUAGCACCUUGAACUCAGAGAAAAUUGUUCAGGAUCAAAAUACUAAGUGUUCUUUUAGAGGGAAGGAAAAUUACACACACUCUCCUCUCAUGAUGAUAUAUUUUAUACGUUCAUUUGUUAUUUGUUUCAUGCUCUAUAAUUCCAGAUGGAAAGGUAAUUUCAGUAACUUUUCAAGUUUAAAUUCCAUUAUAGGUAGAUGACAAGUAUGGUACAAAUAAAAUCAUUAUAACCCCCCAGGGUGAAUAAAAAUCAAAACGUGAAGUAGAAGAUGUGACCGUGAGGAUGUUUAUGUAACCAAUUCAAAGUGAAGAACAUGUUUAUUUUUACUUAGACUUGUUUGAUAAAAGUGUUUUUGAAAAGAUAAUGCCUAUUUUAUUAUUUGAGAUUUCAGUGCUCAUUCCAAUUGUGGCAGAUUUUCUCAGUUUCACAUUUCAAAUUGGCAUUGGUAACAGAAAUGUCAGAAUGUUUAAAGUGGCCUUCACUUUGCCGGGGUGAACACAUUCACACCUAGCUUUAAGAUGGAUUGGUCUGUCGGUCUACUGAAUGUUUCCACGUAGAACUUCAAAUGCGAAAGAGGAAAAGCAGUCAGGAUGAUAGGGCAUUCUCUCGAGAGUCACGCGUUUUGAUUUGGACGUUUCCGUAGAGCUCAGCUCCCAGUGUUGCGUUCCUCGCCGGAAGGGGCUCCUCUGCUUGGUGACUCCCUGGCCUCUCCUAGGUACCCCUUUGUGAACCCCAUGCUGUUGGAUUCUGUAUUAUUAUGCUGAAUUCUCUGCACGUCACUCUUCCCUGGCCAACCUCCCACAUCCUUGGAGAUUCGCUUUGCCAGUGGGAAUCCUUACGUUGCCGUUUCACAGUAGACUGGACGAGGUCACUGGGAGUUGUGCUCCUAACACACACAUUGAACGAAGCAAAGAGAAGAUGAUGGAAAGCGUGAGGAGGCUCGUGUGCAAGGGAGAACAGGGUUACUAUAUAUAUUACAUGUAUAUAUAAACAUACAUAUAUAGAGAUAUAUAUAUAUAUAUAUUGUACAUAUCUAAGUUUGAGUCAUUCAAACUAGGUGCAAAAUGCUGACUUCCGAGUCUGAAUUACCGUCUCUGUUCCCACAUCCCUGACCUGCUCCCUGGUAAAUGAUGCUAUGAUACCCUGGAAUGACAGGACGUACAUACAUACAUACAAGAAACCACAUGUCAGAUUAGAUAUGAUUUUCCUCUGUGUGCAAGGUCAAACUGUCCUAGGGUUGCCAGUUUGAAGCACGUUAUGUAAGUGAAAAAAAAGAUUCAGUGAAAUUCUCCUGUGAGAAUUCUGCCUAGUUUCUUCCUAGGGCCGUGUGCAGUGUUGAACAGAGGCUCCGCGAGGUGCUGGAGGAUCUCAUUUCAGGGCAGUCAGGAGCUGUGCUUGCUGAGUUAGGUCUAGAAGACUCUUCCCGGAAGGCAACUGGAACAGCCGUGAGGGGCGCGACCCCACGCUGACACAGGACAUGUGCUUCAGAGCUGUUUAAAACUGCUGCUUGUUUUACACACACAUCUUGCCUUUUUUCAGGCUAGCUGCAAUAAUUUUUUUCUUCUGUAAAAUAUUUUGUAAACAACGACAAAAAAAGCUAUUAUAAAAAGGGGAUUAAAAAAAAAAGAACGCUGGCAUUAUGAUCAGGAAGACCCACUGUCAUCACUGACCCCCUCCCGCCCCACCACACGCUGCUGUCACGACGUAGGUGCGAAAGACCUUUUUGUACAGAGAUAUAUUUUUUAUGAAGAAUUUGUAAAAUUAUUAAAUAUGCUGUAAUUUUUUGAUUAAUGUAGGUACAUUGUUAAAAAAAUAAAUGUUUUUACAAUACAGAACUGUAAUUUUCCCAAUAAUGUAAAAUGUACCAUCUCUAGCUGAUUUUCAGUUCCAAUCCUAUCACACAUGUAUCAAUAUUAAAGUGGCCUGUUAAAAUAAACAGUAUCUUUUUUUGUCAAAAAAAAUUAUAAAGAGGGUGUAAUAUAGCCUGUGCAAUGCCACCGAUCUUUAAAGCAAAUCAGAGUUCUCAUUAAAUAUUUAAUUUUAGAUUUCUA